AUGUCUUCGAAACAUUCAAAAUUCAAAGGCUCUGAUCUGAAGGAGGCAUCAGCUGUACCAAGUGAAUUUUAUUUUGCAUGUCGAAAUAAUGAAAUUGAUAAAGUUAAGGCUAUGCUGCCAAAACUAAAGCUGAAAGAAAUUGAUCAAAUAGAACCAAAUGGUUCAACAGCUUUGCAUGCUGCUGCUUACUAUGGGCACAAAGAAAUAGUCAAGAUGCUUCUGUCGAAAGGUGCUAAACGUACGAUAAAAAAUAAACAUGGUCUGACGCCGGCUGAGGAAGGAAAAGAUGAAGGUAUUAAAAAAAUGUUACAGACUGCUGAUGAAUCUAAAUCAAAAGCAGAAAGUUCUCCUAAGAAUGAAAAUAGUGCUGGAUUUGAAUGGAUUUUCCUCAAAGGUGAUCCUUCAGUCUAUGCAUCGUUCAAUCGUGAAAGUUUAUGGAAAUGCAACUCAGAUGAAGAAUUCCAGCGUUUGUGUCGUGGCAUUCGAGAUAAAUAUAUUCACGAAGAUGGACCUCUGAAUAGUUUGGACGGCAUCGAAGAAGUUCGUAAAUAUAUUGACAAAGCCAUUAGUAAAAAUGAACCAAAGUACGUCGCUCGGGCUUAUACAGCGAACACUGGUUUCUACAAUCGACUCAAUAGAGAUUUGUCUCAGUUACCUACUAAAUGGUCGGGAGAGAAACAGGAACGGAAUUUUGCAUCGAUAUUGUUAUUUCAUCGUGUAUUUAAGCCUUAUGCAUAUCGAGGUGAAACACAUCGCGGCAUGACAAUGUCUUUGGAAGAUCUUAAUCAGUAUGUUGUCGAUUCGGUGUUCAUGAACAAGACAUUCUUGAGUUCAUCAACAAAUCGAUCAGAAGCUGAAUGGUUUUCUGGUUUGAGUAAAUCAUCAUCAGAUAUUCCGGUGAUUUGCAAGUAUACCAUUAACAACAUCAGUACAGCUUUAAAGAUUGAAGAAUUUUCAAAAUUCAAAAAAGAACAAGAAGUUCUUAUUCUGCCCUAUGCCGUUUUUAAAGUAAAGAAUGUUCAAAAAUCAGAAGGAAAAAAAGGUCCCAUGGUGGAAAUUGAUGUCGAAGAACAAGAUCAGGAUGACGAUGAUGAUAACGAAGAAGACUUUGCAAACAAUCAAGUAAAAAUAAUUAAGAAAGAGAAACACCAGAAAAUAGUAACGCAAAAAUGCAUCACGGUACAUAAAGUUGGAUAUGAUGCUGGUUCAAACGAUAAUUUCGAAAAGAUCUGGAAAAAUGCAAAAGAAAAAGGGCAAAUCGAUUUAUCUGACCUCGACGGUGUUAUGAAUGCCAACAGUGAUGUUACUGCUUGGAAACAGAAGAAGGUGAGUGUGCACAACGAUCUCAAACAUGGUAAAUUUGGAGGCAAUGCCAUAACUAUUAAACAUAAAGAUUUAAAUAUGAACAGUGAUGAUGAUGAAGAAAGUCCCAAUAUGAUACAUGCAUCCAACCACCAGAGCUACACCGUAGUCAAAAAAUUCAAUGGAAAAGAGUCAUUUGACAUGAAAAAGAUGUUAAAAGGUUUUGACUCUGACAAUGAUGAUUAG